AUGGAUCGCGUGCGCGCCACGCGGCACCUGCGGUCGCUCCGCCGCAUGGACCCACACACGGACGCCGAAGUCGGCUUACUGGCCAGCGAGUCGCGGCCGUCCCUGGAGCACGUCGCCGAGGGCCAGCCCUCCUUCCGCGGCGCGCAGCUCCUCCAGGCCCCGAGCCUCAACCGCCGGCGCGCCCCCGACGUCGGCGUGUCCGACCACGCGGCCCCGGACGAGCCGAAACCCACCGACUUCCAGUCCAUCCGCGACAUGAUCCUCUCCAGCUACUGGAACAUCCUCCUCCUCGCGCUCCCGCUCGCCAUGCUCUCCGGCUUCCAGCGCUGGGGCGCGGUGUGGGUCUUCCCGCUCAACUUCCUGGUCAUCAUCCCGCUCGCGCUGCUCCUCGGGGACCUCACCGAGGACCUCGCGCUCCGGUUCGGCGACAUCGCGGGCGGCCUGCUGAACGCGACCUUCGGGAACAUCGUCGAGAUGAUUCUCUCGCUCGCAGCGCUGCAGCGCGGCCUCUUCACCGUCGUCGCCAUGUCGCUCCUCGGGAGCGUCUUCUCGAACCAGCUGCUCGUCACGGGGACGUGCUUCCUGCUCGGCGGGCUGCGGUACUCCACCCAGAACUUCAGCGUCGCCGCCAACAAAGCGUACGGGUCGCUGCUGAUGAUCUCCACGAUCUGCCUGUCGAUCCCGUCGAUCUACGCGAUCACGAUCGACUCGCGGGACGAGGCGCGCCAGGUGCUCGUGAUGUCGCGCAUCACCGCGAUCAUCAUGGUGCUCAUCUACGCCGCGUACCUCUACUUCUCCCUCGUGUCGCACGCGUACCUGUUCGAGUCGGACGAGGACGAGGACGCGGAGGAGCCGACGCUGAGCGUGUCCGCGAGCCUCAUGCUGCUCACGGGCAUCACGGUCAUCGUGUCGGUCUGCUCGGAGUUCCUGACGGGGAGCAUCGAGGAGGUGUCCGCGCGGUCCGGGCUGAGUCAGCACUUCAUCGGGGUCAUCCUGCUGCCCAUCAUCGGCAACGCGUGCGAACACCUCACCGCCGUCCUCGUCGCCCUGCGCAACAAAAUGGACCUUGCGAUGUCCGUCGCGCUGGGCAGCUCCAUCCAGAUUUCGUGCUUCGCGUUGCCGUUCGCGGUGCUGGCCGGGUGGGUGAUCGGGCAGCCGUUCGACCUGACGUUCGACCCCGUGAGCGUGCUCAUGUUCACGCUCUCGGUCGUUCUGACCAACAUCUUGACGCCCGACGGACAGUCGCAGUGGCUCAUGGGCCUGGUGCUCCUGUGCUGCUACGUGCUCAUCGGAUGCACGUACCUCAUCGGGACGUUCGCGUGA